CUUGCAAAAUUGGUUUAUAAAAGAGACAAAAAAAAAAAAAAUGAUAAGCACUCCUUGGAGAACAAAUAGAGAAACUCAAAAGAAAUAAAGAUAAUGAAGAUUUUGAAAUUAUCAUGCACUAUUUUAUUAUUUAUUGUGCUUCUCCAUCCAGAUUCACUUGCAGAUUCGGCCUCAACUCUAGAAAGCUUCAUCCAAUGUGUCUCACUCAAUUCUGAUCUUUCAGUACUCCCAAUCUCAAGCACAAUCUUCUUCUCCAGAAACAGUUCUCUGUUUACUUCUGUCCUAGAAUCUUCCGCUCAAAACCUAAGGUACUUGGUUCCUUCAGCUCCAAAACCCGAGUUUAUCUUCACACCCCUGAGCGAUUCCCAUGUCCAAGCCUCUGUCAUUUGCUCAAAACAGCUCAAAAUACAUCUGAGAGUCCGGAGUGGAGGCCACGACUAUGAGGGUCUCUCCUACGUAUCGAAAAUCGAAACAUCUUUCUUUAUACUCGACCUCGCCAAUCUCCGAUCGGUCGACGUUGAUCAAAUCAACAACAACACUGCUUGGAUUCAGGCCGGCGCAACUAUCGGAGAAGUUUACUACAGGAUUGCUCAGAAAAGCAAAGUCCAUGGCUACCCUGCCGGCCUUUGCACCACUUUAGGCAUUGGUGGGCACAUAACCGGAGGAGCGUAUGGCUCCAUGAUGAGAAAAUACGGUCUCGGUGCUGACAACGUUCUCGAUGCUCUAAUUGUCGAUGUCAACGGCGAAAUACUUGAUAGAAAAGCCAUGGGAGAAGAUCUGUUUUGGGCGAUCAGAGGCGGCGGAGGAGCAAGCUUUGGAAUCAUCCUCUGGUGGAAGAUAAAACUCGUGCCAGUUCCCGAAACCGUGACGGUUUUUACGGUUAGUAAGACGUUGGAGCAGGGAGCUACAAAGCUACUUCAUAGAUGGCAACAAGUUGUGGACAAGCUUGAUGAGGAUCUCUUCAUUAGAGUUCUCAUACAGCCAGAAAGUGUGGGAAAAAACAAGACGAAGAGAACUAUUUCGACAGCUUACCAAGCGCUCUUUCUUGGGGAUACUGAGAGACUCCUUCAAGUUAUGCGCAAGAGCUUUCCUGAAUUGGGUUUGACAAGAAGAGAUUGCGCCCAAAUGAGCUGGAUCCAGUCCGUUAUUUACAUCGCGGGAUAUCCAAGCGGGACGCCAAAUGAAGUCUUGCUUCAAGGGAAAACUUCAUCAAAAGUCUCUUUCAAGGCGAAAUCGGAUUUUGUGAGGAACCCCAUUCCGGAGACGGCUCUCGAGGGGAUUUGGAAGAGGUUUUUGGAAGAAGAAAAUCCUAUCACAAUUUGGACACCAUAUGGAGGGAUGAUGAGCAAGAUUGCGGAAUCCGAAAUCCCUUUUCCUCACAGAAAAGGAACAAUCUUCAUGAUCCAGUACCUAACUGCUUGGGUUGAUGGAGAUAAAAGCACAACAAAGCACGUGAACUGGAUUCAGAAGCUUUAUGAUUACACCGCUCCUUACGUCUCUAGGUCUCCUAGAGAAGCGUACGUGAACUAUAGAGAUCUUGAUCUUGGUACAAACAGAAGGAACAGCACUGGUUUUAUAGAGGCACUUGCGUGGGGUUAUAAGUAUUUUAAGGGCAACUUCAACAGACUUGUGAAGGUGAAGACCAAAGUUGAUCCUAGUAACUUCUUUAGGCAUGAACAGAGUAUUCCUCCACUUUCACGCGCACAUUAUAAGAAGUUUAGUGAAAUAGAAGGUACUAAUGAUCCCCUCAAGGGAUAGUUAAUUAUGAUGGAUUAUUGAUCUUUGCUUCUAUUUAUGGAUUUGGAUAUUAUCCCUGUCUUAUGUUUAUAUGAUAUGUCGUUUUGCUAAGUUAACCACAAUGAAGAAGAGAAAAUGCUACUUGCAUUUCUCAUAUGAUCUUUAGCAUUGUGGAAUGUGAGGAAGGAUAAUCAAUAAAAGAGAAAUUUAGCAUAUCCCAACUAGUUUGGCAAUUAGUAAGUGUUCACCCGCAAGCGU